AUGGCUGUGAUUGAUGUAAACGAGUCGAUUACGACUCAUAAGACGGCCACCAUCCGUAACUACAACACACAACCACGAUUGGUUUACAAAACCGUGGUUGGUGUGAACGGGCCUCUGGUAAUCCUGAACGAGGUAAAAUUUCCACAAUACAAUGAAAUUGUGCACAUCACAUUGCCAGAUGGAACGCAGCGUGUGGGACAAGUGCUGGAAAUUUCAAGAAACAAAGCCGUUGUUCAGGUAUUCGAAGGGACUUCGGGUAUUGACGCAAAAAACACCAUCUGUGAAUUCACUGGUGACAUUUUGCGAACACCCGUGUCCGAAGAUAUGCUAGGACGUAUCUUCAAUGGUUCCGGAAACCCUAUUGACAGAGGACCACCAGUGCUAGCAGAAGAUUUUCUGGACAUCAAUGGGCAACCAAUCAAUCCAUGGUCACGCAUUUAUCCAGAGGAAAUGAUUCAGACUGGAAUCUCUGCCAUUGACGUGAUGAACUCAAUUGCCCGUGGACAGAAAAUCCCAAUUUUCUCGGCUGCCGGUCUACCCCAUAACGAAAUUGCCGCGCAGAUUGUGCGUCAAGGAGGUUUGGUAAAAUUUGCUACCGAUAGCACAAAGGACCAAUCCGAUUCGAACUUUGCUAUCGUUUUCGCUGCUAUGGGUGUCAAUAUGGAGACAGCCAGGUUCUUCAAACAAGAUUUCGAGGAGAAUGGAAGUAUGGAAAACGUCUGCCUGUUCCUCAACUUGGCUAAUGAUCCUACCAUCGAACGUAUCAUCACCCCUCGAUUAGCACUAACAGCAGCCGAAUUUUUCGCAUAUCAAUGCGAAAAACACGUGCUGGUCGUCCUAACUGACAUGUCCUCAUAUGCAGAAGCAUUGCGAGAGGUGUCUGCCGCUCGAGAGGAAGUGCCUGGACGUCGUGGAUUCCCAGGUUACAUGUAUACUGAUUUGGCGACAAUCUACGAACGAGCUGGACGAGUAGAAGGACGCGAUGGUUCUAUCACUCAGAUUCCAAUUCUUACCAUGCCUAACGACGAUAUCACUCACCCCAUCCCCGACUUGACUGGCUACAUCACUGAAGGACAAAUAUAUGUUGAUCGUCAGCUUCACAACAGACAGAUUUACCCACCAAUCAACGUGCUGCCUUCAUUGUCUCGACUGAUGAAAUCAGCCAUUGGCGAGGGAAUGACACGAAUAGACCAUGCUGAUGUUUCUAACCAGUUGUACGCCUGCUAUGCCAUUGGCAAAGAUGUACAAGCUAUGAAAGCUGUAGUAGGUGAAGAGGCCUUGUCACCUGAUGACCUGCUUUACCUGGAGUUUUUGGGAAAAUUUGAGAAGGGCUUCAUUGCUCAAGGAAACUACGAAAAACGGGAUGUGUUCGAAUCGUUGGACAUCGGAUGGCAACUUCUGCGUAUUUUCCCUCGAGAAAUGCUAAAACGAAUACCAGAAAGCAUUCUCGACAAAUACUAUCCUAGAGGAGGAGCAGGAGCAAAAGCUGUAGAAGUAGAAUCGUCUUAAUUGUCACACAUGCAUUUCGCUGUAUCAUACCUGUAUAGCAAUACAAAAGAUAAUGUCUCUUGUCCAUGUGCCACUUUAUAAUUCACAAACGAUAUGAAUA